AUGCGUCAGAAGCACUCCCUUGCGAAGUGCGAGGAGUGUGGGGCGUGCUUUGAGGAUGAGGCACUUCUCCAGAGGCAUAUGAAGAUGCACAGUCAGGUGACCAUGUUCAUGUGUGAUAUCUGUGGCUCCACGUUCACCAAGAAGAGCUACCUCACCUUCCACAUGGUUGUGCACGAGAAGGAAGACCUGAGCGAGAGGAUGAGCAUGAAGGAAGUCGAUGAAGGGAAAGUCCCUGCAUUACCCCCCAAAGGUCAGAAACAGUUACAGAUUGUGGAUGAUGACGAGGAUGAUGACGAUGUUGGAGAUGGAGGGAAUGACCCUGAUGAUAUCGACUGGGAGGAACCGUUAGCAGCGAAGAAGAAAGGAUCCAUGUUUGAUUGUGACAGGUGUUCCCGAUCGUGUGCUUCACUAAGAGGUCUGAAGAUGCAUCAGAGAAUGCUGCACAUAACGGUUGAAGAGGAACCACAGUCUGAAAGCAGUGAGGAGGAGGAGGAGGAUGCAAAGACAGAAGAGGAUGCCAUGAUUGAGAAGAAGGGAGGCAACGAUAAGAGUAAACAUUGCCCCGUUUGCAAGAAAUCGUUUGUGAGCGUGCGUCAGCUGACAAGGCAUGAAUCCACACAUGCGUCCUGGGAUUGUAUGUACUGUUCUAAGACCUUCAGGACAUCCUGGAUCCUCAAGGAACACCUCAACACCCACACGGGACAGCGUCCUUAUCAAUGCACCGAGUGUGACAAGACCUUCAAGAGCCACGGCGCCCUGAGGCGACACACCAUCAUCCACAAAGGCACCAAGCCAGCCACAAGAAACGUCGAUCAUGCAGGUGACAAGCAGGUGGAAUGCGACGUCUGCCUGAAGAAGUUCUAUACCGGCUUCCAGAUGAGGACCCAUCGUCUCACUCACGGGGGGCAGGACCACAAGGAAGAAAAUCUCCUGCGUUGCGAGAGUUGCUCCAAAGCAUUCCUCAGCCCAAGUGGUCUCGAAAAGCAUAAAAAGUCUGGGAAAUGUGGAAAGAAAUUCACCUGCCCCUUCUGCACUGACUCAUUCAUUUACAAGUACGAGCGGGAGAAACACAUGGAGACUCACGCUGAGUUUGUGAACAAGGCUGAUAAAGAAGAUGAAGUGACCGAUGGUGUCAAGAAAUCUAAAGUCUUUAAGUGCCCUAUAUGUGAGCAGAAGUUUCCCAAUCUGCGUACCUUCACCAUCCAUCGCAAGAAACACGAGAGAGGAAAGGUCUAUGCAUGUGAAGUAUGCAACAAAGUUUUCUCAACGCCCAUCAGCCUUAAAUAUCACCGGAAACUGCACACGGGUCAAGGACCGAAGUGCUCGGUGUGUGAUAAAACCUUUUACAAUUUGAAGUCCCUCAGGAGGCAUGAACGGAUACACACCGGACAGAAACCUUACAACUGUGGCUUCUGUGAUAAGGCUUUCAGUGACCAAAGUGCGUGUGCUUCACACAUGAGGGUGCACUCAGCAGAGAAACAGAAGGGUCAGCGAACCCAGCACCAGAAGAAGGUACACAAGGUCAAGAUGGAAGAGGGUAAUGAGGCUGAGGGAGAGGUUGUUAGCUCCGAAAAUGGUCCAGUUAUCAUCCCAAACGUCAAGAGGGUGUUCAAAUGUCGCGUCUGUCAAGUGGAGUUUGAAGCGAAAGAGGAGCUGAAGGAACACAAGCUGACCCAUAAGGAACUGGAGAAUGGAGAUGAUGAGUAUGUUCCUAUAUCGGUCAAGGUUUCCAGACCUAAGAAAGUGGUUGAGACGUUCAAGUGUGACAUAUGCAACAACAGCUUUGCCCAGAAGGCUUAUCUAGAACGUCACAGAAGAGUUCACACGGGUGAGAAGCCCUUUGGCUGCACGCUCUGCGAGAAGAAGUUCUCCGACAUGACUUCCCUGCGUAGGCACAAAUCCAUUCACACUGGAGCAAAGCCCUUCUUGUGUGAUCUGUGUGGAAAGUCCUUCCGUGACAAAUCAUACCUGAACCUACAUAGGCGGAUGCACGCAGGAGACAGGCCAUUUGCGUGUGAGCUUUGCCCUCGGAAGUUUGUACGAAAGAACUUCCUGAAUGCCCACAUGAAGCUCCACCAGGGCAUCAAGCCAAAGAAGCCUCCAGAGAGAUCCUUCACCUGCACCAUCUGCAACAAAGUCCUGAAGACCCGUGCCAGUUACCAAACCCACAAUAGGAUUCAUACAGGCGAGAAAUCCUUCUGCUGUACUCUUUGUGGCAAGGCCUUCCCAACGAAACCUCGUCUUAUCAACCACGUCCGUGUGCACACGGGAGAGAAACCCUACGAGUGCGAGACAUGCCACAAAGCUUUCACCGAGCCGGGUACUCUCCGAAUGCACAAGAUCAUCCAUUCUGGCCUGAAGCCCUACAAGUGCGAGACCUGCGAUCGAGCCUUUGCAGACAAAAGCGCCCUCAACUCUCAUGUUAAGAUGCACACAGGGCAGAAGUCGCACUCCUGCGAGUUCUGCGGGAAGAUGUUCUGGACGGCCACCAACAUGAGGCAGCAUGCCAAGACCCAUCGCAAAAAGUCCAUGUUUGAGUGUGGGGUAUGUAGCAAGGAAAUCUUUGGACAGGAGAACCUGACAGCUCACUUGGUGGAGCAUGAAGCGGAACAUCGCGUUGCCUCUCAAGCUCUGGCUCAGACCAUGAUGGCCGCUCAGGUCAUGAUGGACAAGGUCACAGAGGUGGUCCUCCAGGAAGACGUUGUCACCACCGAGAACAAGGAAUUCCAGUGUGAGGUCUGCGAGAAGUUCUUCAAGACAAAGAAGACACUCCAGAAACACGGUGCCAUCCAUGACGAAGAGAAGCGCUACGAGUGCGACGUCUGCCAGAAGCGCUUCUCCAGGAAAGCUUACCUCGUCAGCCAUUCCACCAUCCAUACGGGAGAGAAGCCAUAUACGUGUGAGGACUGCGGGAGGCAGUUCAGGGACCGAAGCUCUAUGAAGCGGCACAUGAACACCCACAAGGGCAUCAAGCGCUACGAAUGCAACGUCUGUCAGAAGCAGUUCACGGACAAGAGCGCCGCCAACAUCCACCUCAGGAUACAUACUGGUGAGAAACCUUACGAGUGCUAUGAAUGUAAGAUGUGUUUCUCACAGAGUGGACACCUUGUAGAUCAUAUGAUCAAAAGUCAUUGAGUGGUAUUCCCCAAAGUGGACUAACUUUAGUCCAUGGUUUAAUCCACCAACUAAAUAUGGAAUACCAAGUGUCCAUAUGAAUAUGUUUUUGAAUAA